AUGCCACUUGUAAAUUAUGAAGGUGAUUCAAGUGAAGAAGAAGAUAAUAAUAUUCAAGUUACAACAGAUUCGAAAUCAUCGACAAGUCGUCGACUUGAUCUGCCAGCUCCUUCACACUCUUCAUCAAAUGCAAUCAUCGAUGAUGAUGAUGAUGAAUAUCCAACAGAAACAAAUACUCAGCCAUCUUCUACUCUAUUAGCUAAUCUCCCUAAACCUCAAGAUAGUUCUUCAUUAAAUACAAAUAUAAAUUCAACUGAAUUUCUUGAAAAUGAAUUAGAAGAUAUUGUUCGCGGAGAUAGUAAAGAUUAUGCAAAAAAUAUUCCUCAAUUACCAAAACCAAUUAAACGAAAACGUGAGGGACCAGUUAAAAUUUUUAUUCCCACUGUGGAACAAGAUUCAGAUGAUGAAGAUAAACCAAAAAGAAAAUCAACAACUAGUAAACGAAAUUGUGCAUUAUUGAAUGCACUUCCUCCUCCCAUGUAUGACGAAGAUAAACCAACACCAAGUUUACCUACAGUUAAAAAUUCAUCAACAACAACUCCUCAAAUAAGUUCAACAGGCUUAUUUAUUCCAUAUACACUUAAUAAAAAACAACAACAAAAGAAAUCUUCAACAGCCAUAUCUAAUCAAUCAAAUGAACAAACAAAAAAUGACAGUGAUAUGGAAGAUGAUGAUGAUAAUCAAACAGAUUUUCUUGGUUUAACUAAAUCAAAUCAAAUUGAAAUAACAAAUACUGAUGUUGAAAGUGUUUUACGGGAAACAUUUCCAAAGGUUCAGCCAACUGUUAUUGAAAAACCAGCAUUACCUAAUUCAUCACUAGAUUUUGAAGAUCUUGAUAAUAAUGAAGAAAUGAAUAAUCAACAAUUCAAUAAUGAUGAGGAAGAACUUUUACGUUACCUACCGAAAAGUGAACGUUAUAAAGAAAUCAAGCAUGUACACAUUGAUUCAAUGAUGGGUGAAAGUGCGCGAUUACAAUUACUUAAAAAUACAACUGACGAACGUGAAACUAUGGUAGCACAAGCAGCUAUUCAUGUACCUAAAGGAGAAAUGAGAAAGCGAGCACAAAUUAAUUAUCUCGUUGCUAAAGCUCAGCAUGAUGAUCUUCAGUUGAAAAAUAUGUGGAGUGAACAGAAGUUAACAAAAAGACAAACUCAAGCUAAAUAUGGCUUUUGA